AUGGCAGCCGCAGAGUAUUUUACAGCAAGCCCCAGGCCUCCGCUGGAACAACACAACAAUGGGCCCUAUGUGCCUCCACAACCUCAGAGAGUACACUCCUCACAGGCUGGGUUCAAUUAUCAACCAGGUCAAACGAGCCAUCUCAGUCCACAGUUUGGUGUUCAACCGCCUUCUCCAUAUGGUCCACCUCCCCAUGCUCCUCCUCCUGCCUACCAAUCUAUCAAUAAUGAACCGAAAGUCCACUUCGCUCCAUCAUCUGUAGGGGCUGGACAGCAUCGACCUUCCCUUUCAAGCCAAACAACAUACCCUCUCAAUCAACCCAACUUCCAAGCCAACCCCGGGCAGCAAUUGUCUCCAUAUCCUCCAGGUCCAUACGUACCUCAGGCCUACCAACAGCCUUAUGGACUACCUCACAAUCGUCCGCAGCACAGACCGUCGCACAAUGACCCCUCUGGCUCUGGCUAUUCCUCAGAUCCUGAGCCCAACAGAAGAAAGCACAAGGAGCGAAGCCGCCGCAUAUCGGAUCACUCGCGAUCGACCGCGGCCGACGGGUUUCUCGGUGCCGCUGGUGGCGGGCUGAUAGGCGAUUUGCUUUUCCCGGGGCUCGGGACCGUGGGCGGCGCAUUAGUGGGAUGGGUCGGUGGCAAGGACUAUGGAAAACACAGAAAAUGGCGAGAGGAAAAGAGGGAGCGCGAGCAGGAACGCUGGGAGAAGGAAUACCGCAGGAAAAACAGCCACAGUCGUUCGCGAAGUCACAGUCGGGACGUGGAUUCGCACGAGCGGGGCCACAGUCAUGGUCGUCAUGACGGACGGCGGCACAGUCACGAAAGACACAAGGGCUGA